UAAAAAUUUUGGUGCACGGUAUGUUGGCAAUCUCUGAUUGGCUUUGCACAUGGCCGACAGAUGCAUUCAGAAUUGUUUACAGUUUCCUAUAAGAGAGAACGCACUACUAACAAGGCAGGGCAGCGAAAUAAAGGUCUUGGGUUUUCGAAAAGGAGGCUGCAUAUUCUGACAUACCAUCGCUGUCGCUGCCAGUCCCUGCUGCUAUUUUCCUCCACCCGUCUCUCUGCAUUUGCAUUCCAGUAACGUGUGGUAGGGGCAAGUGAAACCCUAAGAAUGCAUGAUUUUUGUGAAACUUCCUACAAACCGGAAACCUGUUUCGGCAUUCUGAAAUGCCAAACCGCUCUUCACCGUCACAUUUCUAGUACCAAAGGUCUCUGCCAAUAAUGUCCAACAAACAGCUGUUGAUUGAAAAAGCAGUUGAGGAUCUGUGUAAAGAGGCGUUUUCUCAACACUUGCAACACCUUCUAUUCCCAUCUUUUUUCAGGAAUCUUAAAAUGCACUCAGAACUUGUGCAGGCCAAUAGAGAUGCUUUAAUGGAUGUGGAUACAAAGAUUGUUGUAAAUGUUCAAAAUCAGAAGGUUGGACACUGGCGAUAAAGGUUUUCAUUUUGGGCAUGCAGUGCAGAGGACCUGUUGCUACUUAGGUAGUGUAUGUGUAUGCACCCUUGACAUUCCCACAUUCCUCAUACAUGGAAACGAGGGCAUUCAUCAUAGAAAUGUCUGACCAACCAGUGGUGGAUCUUUAUCUUCCAAUGUGGGCUAAACAUCAGCAUUUGGCCAAUAAAUCUGCUUUCAAGUGAGUGGAUGAAGCAGGCAAUGAGCAGUGCAGUUUGACAUACUCGGAGCUCCAUGCUUCCGCAUCCACCAUUGCCUCAAAUCUUCGGAGUACACUGCAAAGAAGUGAUACAGUUUUGAUUCUCUGCCCACCUGGGAUUGAAUUUGUGGGAAUCAUAUUUGGGUGCCAAAGAGCUGGGCUAGUGAGUGUUCCCAUGCUUCCUCCUCAUCCAUCCUUCUCUUCUCAGGAGGAUUGCCGUAAACUUGUAAGGAUACUGCAAGAGACUCAACCGAAGGCUGCCAUAGCUUAUCCUGCCUAUAUUUCAAGAGUCAUAAAGAAGAAUGAUGCUAAUGAAAUGGGUACUUUGUUGAAGAAAAUGCAGUGGAUAUCACUGGUAUCUUUAUUCAAAGCCAAUCCACAAGAGAAAUUAUUAACUAAUGGAGGAGGUGAGAGAAAGUACAGUGGAUGUAAAGCAGAAGACCUAUUUUUGAUACAGUACACUUAUGGUGCAACAGGCAGCCCCAAGCCAAUCAUGAUAACAGCAGGAUAUGUAGCACACAAUGUAAGAGCAGCAAGAAAAGCCUAUGAUUAUGAACCAUGGAGUGUUAUUGUUUCAUGGCUUCCUCAGUACCAUGACUGUGGCCUCAUGUUCCUUCUCCUAACCAUUGUUUGUGCUGCAACCUAUAUUUUAACUUCUCCAUUCAUGUUCAUCAAGAGGCCAAUCUUGUGGCUGGAAAUGGUAAGCAAAUACAAGGCUACCUGCACACCAGUGCCAUCUUUUUCUCUUCCUCUUGUGCAAAACUACAUGAGCAGUGGAUCUAAUAGAAAACCACAUGUCAAACUGAAUCUAGAAACCCUAAGAAAUCUUAUAGUGAUUAAUGAACCUAUAUAUGGUAGUGUUGUGGAAAGCUUUGUGAAGAAAUUUUCGGUAUUUGGUCUGAGUGCUUCUGCCAUGGGUCCAUCCUAUGGACUUGCAGAAAACUGUACAUUUGUGUCCACUGCACGGGGAUCCAAUAUAAGCCAAGCUCCUACUUACAGAGGUCUUUUGCCUUGUGCAACCAUUGUUUCUAAUACUAUAUCAGUCAUUACAUAAAUAUACAUAUAAUUAAUUCAAAGAUGGAGACUGUCAAAAGUUCCUACUGACACUGUGUUCAUCAAGAUCUUUCCAGCCAAUAGAUGGAUUAAUAUCUGAAAUAUUGUCAUUGGACCUCACAACCUCCACUGUGAAGUCCUUUCCUUUGUUGAUGGGGAAGCUUGGACCUUUCUGAAAUCCUAGAUCCUUCUCCAAAGUCUCAGCUGAAUGUUCCCUAUUGUAUUUCGUAUUUUCCAUUUUUGUUGGAGAUGAAUACUUUUCUGCAUCUUUUAUGGCUUCACAUCCUUGUUUGAAGCCGCUUAGGUGACAAAUGUGUCAAAUCUAUCAUAGGCAAUUCAAAUCUUUUAAUACGUUUUCUGUUCUACUUCUUGAAAACAUUUGUUUUAAAUGUAGUCACAUGUUCGGUUGAAAAACAGAGCAGUCAACGUACGCUAAAUUAUGGAGAUCUUCUUUC